AUGAGCAGUGUCACAUUAACUAACGUAUUUUCUUUCGUCCCACCUGUGGUGGGUCUCCUGUGGGCCAUCAAAGAGUUGGUCUAUGUUCGAAGCAUCAAGCUGGCCGGUCCCUACAAGGGAAAGUCUGGCAUGCAAGACUCUCUUGUUGCUGGUGAUGCCCGUGAUGUUCAGAAGAUUCUCUUCGCCAUGCGUGAGAUCUCUUCCAACAUCGCCGAGGGUGCAAACGCAUUCCUCAUUGCCGAGUACAAGUACAUGAUGGUCUACGUUCUCGUCUUUUCCGUUAUCAUCUGGCCCUGCAUCGGUUUCGGCACUAUGUUGUCAUUCGUUGUGGGUUCCAUUACCUCUAUCGCUUGCGGGUACAUCGGAAUGAAGACCGCUGUAUACUGCAACGUCCGUACUGCUCAUGAGUGCUGGAAGAACCUCUCUGAUGGUUACGAUGUUGCACUUCGCGGUGGCUCCGUCAUGGGCUUCGCUCUCGUGUCUUUGGCUGUUCUCAACUUGGCUAUUCUCGUUACCAUCUAUAACGUUCCUUCUUUCUAUAACGAUGACGUCAACGGUCUUUACGAGGCUCUUACCGGUUAUGGUUUGGGUGGUUCCUCUAUUGCUCUCUUUGGUCGUGUUGGUGGUGGUAUUUACACCAAGGCUGCCGAUGUUGGUGCUGAUCUUUCUGGUAAGAAUGAGUACGGCCUCGAUGAGGAUGAUCCGAGGAACCCCGGCUGUAUCGCCGAUAACGUUGGAGAUAACGUUGGUGAUAUCGCCGGUAUGGGCGCUGAUUUGUUCGGUUCUUUCGCCGAGUCUACUUGUGCUGCCAUGGUCAUCUGCUCUGCUGCCCCUGAGGUGGCCGUCCACGGAAGUUGGUCAUCAAUGAUGUUCCCUCUGCUCCUCUCGUCUGUCGGUAUCAUCGUUGGUAUUGUGACUAUGAUGUGCGUUGAUGCCUUCUACAAAGUUCAGGAGAUAAAGGAUGUUGAGAGAUCUCUGAAAGGCAUUCUCGUCAUAUCUACCUCUAUUCAAACCCCUAUGGUUAUUCUACUUGCCUGGUGGGCACUUCCCAGUGGUCUUUUUGCCAUCGAUGCUUCCCGUCUCCAUUGCACUUGGUGGAAAUGUGCUAUCUGUGUUCUCCUCGGUCUAUGGUCCGGUCUCUGCAUUGGUAACAUCACCGAGUAUUUCACUUCCGAUACCUAUAGGCCAGUUCGCGGUAUCGCGAAAGCAGAGGGGAUUUCUGCAGCUACGGGCAUCAUCAUCGGUCUCGCCAGUGGUUAUGCUUCGACCGUUAUCCCGACCCUCUGCUUGGGCCUGACUAUCUGUGUUGCAUUCUCGCUUGCGGGUAUGUUCGGUGUUGCCCUUGGCGCCCUCGGUAUGCUCGGGACUCUCACCAUGUCCCUCACCAUCGAUGCUUAUGGUCCCAUCUCUGAUAAUGCCGGUGGUAUCGCCGAGAUGUCCGGGAUGGGCCCUGAAGUCAGGGAGCUCACGGACGCUCUCGAUUCCGCUGGUAACACCACUGCGGCCAUCGGUAAGGGCUUCGCUAUCGGCUCUGCCGCUCUUGUGUCCCUCGCCUUGUUCGGCGCCUACACUGUUCGUGCUGGUGUCCAUAUUGUCAGCCUGCUAGACCCUUGGACCUUCACUGGUCUCCUCUUCGGUGCUAUGAUGCCUUAUGCUUUCUCUGCUAUGACUAUGAAGUCUGUCGGUAAGGCCGCCAACCAGAUGGUCGAGGAGUGCAUGUCGCAGUUCCCCAAGAUCAUCUCUGGUGAGAUGAAGCCCAACUACACUAAGUGCAUCAAGAUUGCCACUGAUGCCUCUCUUAUGGAGAUGAUUGCUCCUGGUUGCUUGGUCAUCCUCUCUCCCCUCGUCGCUGGUCUCAUCUUCGGUAAGAACUGCACUGCCGGUCUAUUGUGCGGUGCUCUCGUCUCUGGUGUGCAACUGGCCAUUUCCAUGUCCAACACCGGUAGUUCCUGGGAUAACGCCAAGAAGUACAUCGAAGCCGGUGGUCUCGGUCCCGAGUGUGGUAAGGGCUCUCAGGCUCAUAAAAACGCUGUGACUGGUGAUACUAUCGGUGACCCACUAAAAGAUACUUCCGGACCCGCUAUCAACAUUGUUAUCAAGUUGUCCGCUAUUAUGUCAUUGGUCUUUGGCGGUGUUAUUGCCAAGACCUCCAACGAGCAUGGUGGUCCUUUCUGGCUCAAGUAA